AUGAUAAAAAUCGAAGAUAAAAUUGCGCAGUCUGUGCCCUUGAUUGUUUUAGAUGAUGAUAGGAACAGUUUGGAUACAGACUUAAACAUUUUUGAUGCUCAGUCAUCUACCUUAAAAGAUUCCAAAGUGAAACAGUAUUACAUGUGUGAAAUCUGCCGCAAGCAGUUUUCAUCAAAGAGUUGCUUAAGUGUUCAUCAAGCGAGUCAUUUUCAGGAGAGUCCACGUGUGUGUGAUGUUUGUGGUGAAUCUUUUUCUCAGGCAGGAGAUUUUGCUGAUCAUUAUGCUCAGCAUUGUAUAGAACAAGAAUACGAAUGCCUUACUUGUGAGGAAAUAUUUUUCGACAAAAAAGAAUUCGAUUGUCAUCAGCGCUUUCAUAAAAUAUCAUCGGGUCUUUUCACUUGCGAUAUUUGCAAUUCCACCUUUGAAACAGACCAAGACCUAUGUGAUCAUUAUAAAAAUCACUCAAAAAGAUCCUUUGAAUGUCCGGUUUGCAGAAAAUCUUUCAGCUUAAAAAGUAGUCUUAACCGACACAGGCUGAUACAUGGGGCAGAAAAACCAUUUCACUGUGAAAUUUGCCAAGCAGGUUUUACUCAAAAAAUAACUCUUAAAAAGCAUUAUAUGGUACAUAAAAAUAUCAAACCUUAUGUUUGCCAGCUAUGCAGUAAGUCUUUUUCAACUAAACAUAGCCUUGACUUACAUUAUCUUAAUCAUACAGGCGAAAAGCCAUUUCUGUGCUUUAUAUGUGACCGCAAAUUCUCAAGUAAACGUAACUUAAAGCGCCAUGGUCUGGAACAUAUGCCUGGACAGCGAAGUGCAUGUGAAGUUUGUGGCAAAGUGUUUCCUACUAAACAGAAACUGAGUCUUCACUUUAUGGUUCAUACUAAUGAUAGACCAUAUAAUUGUCAUAUUUGCAAUCGUGGAUUUACAUACAGUAGUCAUUUAAAACGUCAUAUUCUGUGGCACCGUGGAGAAAGACCAUAUAUUUGUCAAAUCUGCAACAUAGGAUUUAUAACUAGAAGUCGUUUGACCCGUCAUUAUGACAAGCAUGCAAUGGAUUGUUUAGAUUAUGAACCUGAUAUCGACUUGGAAGAAACAGACAUUGAAAACUGUAAUACUGAUGCAGAAACUUAUACUUCUAGUGUUUAA